UGGUGUCAGUUACGAGAUGUCAGUUCCUGCUCAGGGACCGUCACAUCUGCCUGAGCCAGGAUGUGGACCACUCUGCUCCUGCAGGACUGUGGAGUCCCGGUCCUUGACAAUCACAUGAAGGCGAUGUUGGGCUCAUCUCUUAUAUUUACAGGUCUGGUAGGAGCAGCGGUAAAUGGAUGGCUUGUAGCUACGUUGUUCCUCCGAGCUGAAGUCAUGUCCUGGAGUCAUCUGUUGCUACUCAACAUCGGAAUAUCCUGCCUCGGCAGGUCUCUCCUGGGUGGCUUCCCAUUCUCUGCAACGUCAGCCCUGGCCAGCAGAUGGCUGUUCGGAGAUGCUUGCUGCAUGCUGUACGCCUUCCUUCACCAACUGUUCAGUGUUGCAGAGCUUCUUGCUGUGAUGCUGCUAUGCCUCGAACGCUACCAAGUCACUCGUCACGCUCAUAUGGGUCAGUGUGCUUACAUGUCUUCCCUGCUGCUGAUGUGGAUUGCAUCCAUGGUCUGGUCGCUCUUGCCCCUCCUCAACUAUGGCAGGUAUGGGUGUGAUGCAGCUGGCAUAGCCUGUGAUCUGGACUGGCGGGUGGAGUACGGGGACACGUACAGCUUGGCCUACAAUGUCUCUUAUCUCGUGUUAGGGGUUCUUCUCGCUGUCAUCCUCUCGUGUGGGAGCCUAUGGAAAACUGUGACGUCGCCAGAGAGCGUUUAUCGUCUCUCAGGUCACCACCAGAGACACAUUACUAAGGCCACCAUAGCUCUGGUCGCGGGUAUGUACAUCAUGUGGACUCCCCAGGCUAUAUUGUCUCUCUGGCGACUGAUGUUCAAUGUUCCUCGGCUCUCCCAGUCCAUCGUCUUUAUGGCUCCAGUCUGUGCCGAGUUUUCAGCUGUAGUGCCCACCCUUGCGUUUCUCUGCUACGAACCACGGCUGCGCAACAACCUGCUGGGGCUACCUCCCGAUGACACCCCCGAGAAACCGCGCAUGCGCCGUCAUCGCAGGAGAGCCCCUGGGCGAAUCUACGGUGGGAAGAUGGUCGAGAGAGAAAUCUUUGCCUAAGUAAUACUAACUAUCUAUUGUUAAACGUUUUAGUAAUCUUAACGAAUCAGUAUUCGUACACUUUUUUAUCUGCAACGUAAAUAAAGUUUAGCAAUGUAAACUAAACAAAUAAAAAUACUAUCUGAAAA